AGGAUUGCCUGUCCCCAGUGCCGAAGAAGACAGAGAUAGAGCCACCAUUGAUGAUGAUGGUGAUGAGCUGACUUGAGCUAAGCUAAUCUGAUCCUCUUCAUCUACUCUUUCAGUCAGUUCAGCCCAUCGCCGAGAAGAACAACCCCAAGAAAUGUCCAUUUCCAUGGCGUUGUUUUCUCCUCAUGCAUCCCUUUCGCCGUAUUCCUCCUCCCACUCGGUGGUGACCCACAAGCCCCUCUUCACGCUCAGACCCAAGAGAUCCUCGUUCGUCAUCUCCGCGGCUGCUUCAGAUGGGAAUGGGGGAGCUGGAGUCGCCGUCUCCGUGGCGGAGGAGCAGCCCAAGGCAGAGGCUGCUAAUGGGCCGGUUGCUGCUGCUUCAGCUUCGGCUGUUGAGACGGAGGAAGAGGCUGCGGUGGUGUUGAACAGCUUCAAGGACCCCAGGUGGGUUAAUGGAACUUGGGAAUUGAAGCAGUUCGAGAAGGACGGGAAGACCGACUGGGAUGCGGUGAUUGAUGCCGAGGCUAGGAGGAGGAAGUGGCUCGAGGACAAUCCAGAAUCAUCCAGCAAUGACGACCCUGUUGUCUUCGACACCUCGAUCAUCCCGUGGUGGGCAUGGAUGAAGAGAUUCCAUCUUCCCGAAGCUGAACUGCUGAAUGGCCGAGCUGCAAUGAUAGGGUUCUUCAUGGCAUACUUCGUGGAUAGCUUAACUGGGGUCGGGCUCGUGGACCAAAUGGGCAACUUCUUCUGCAAGACUCUCUUGUUCAUAGCUGUGUUGGGAGUCCUGCUGAUCAGGAAGAACGAGGACAUUGAAACCCUGAAGAAGCUCAUCGAGGAGACAACUUUCUACGACAAGCAGUGGCAAGCAACGUGGCAGGAUGAGACCAAGAAGGACUAGUCAUUUUUGCUCUCGAAACUUUGUUAUAUUAGGUAUCGGAGACAAAAUUUUGUGACCCGUACACUUUCCAGUAGAAUGUCCCAUUGUUUGCUAAUGGUCUUGUGAGUAGCAAUUCUUGAGGUUUGGUCCGCUAUCACGAGCAAAACUUAAUACAGGUUCCCUUGAAGAUCUUUGAUGCAAAA